AUGUUUUUUGACAUACUUUCUCUCCUCAUUUCUUCCCCCAUUUUAUCUCCUUUUCCCCCAUUUUAUCUCCUUUUCCCCCCUUCUUAUCUCUCUCCUUAUUUUUUCUCCUUUUUUCUCUCUUUUUCUCCCCUCUUCUUACCUCUCCCUUUCUUUUUCUCCUUUCCUCUUCCUCUUUUUCUCCUUUUUCUAGUCUCCUUCUCUACCCUUCUUUUUCUCCUCUCUUCCUCUCUCCUUCUUUUUCUCCUCUCUUCCUCUCUCCUUCUCCUCUCUUUCUCUCUCCUUCUUUUUCUCCUCUCUUCCUCUCUCCUUCUUUUUCUCCUCUCUCCUUCUUUUUCUCCUCUCUCCUUCUUUUUCUCCUCUCUCCUUCUUUUUCUCCUCUCUUCCUCUUUUUCUCCUCUCUUCCUCUCUCCUCCUUUUUCUCCUCUCUUCCUCUCUCCUCCUUUUUCUCCUCUCUUCCUCCUCCUCCUUUUUUCUCUCUUCUCUCUCCUCCAUUUUCUCUUCCUCUCUCCUCCAUUUUCUUCCUUCUUCUCCUCUCUCCUCUCUCCUUUUUUCCUCCUCUCUCCUCCUUUUUCUAGUCUCUUUCUCUCUCCUUCUUUUUCUCGUCUCUUCCUCUCUCCUUCUUUUUCUCCUCUUCUCUUUCUCCUCUCCCCUUCUCUUUCUCCUCUCCCCUUCUCUUUCUCCUCUCCUUCUCUCCCCUUCUUUUUCUCCUCUGCUUUUCUCUUUGUUACAGCACUCUUCUACUUCCUCCCCUUUCUCUCCUUUUAUCUGAACUUUCUUCUGCUUUUCUACCUUUCCUUCUUUCCCACCUUCUUUUUCUCUCCUUUUCUCACCUCUGCUUGA